AACUCUUCAGAAAAAAAUCAAUAUCUCAGUUGAGGAGCUCAGAUGCAGCAAUCCCUUCUGCCUGCAAGGAAUUGGAGGAUAUUUUGAAGUUGGAUAAAAAAGAAGAACCUACUGUAUCUAUUUUAGAAUUGCAAGGGAUGGCCAUUGACACAAAUGAGACCGAAUUGGUCACCAAAGAUUCAUUGGACAUGCUAUUGGGAUCAGAUGGUACUCCAGUUACUGCUGUACAGAGAAGCUCACCCCUUGUUAGAGAGGCAAAGAUCUACCCAUACGUGGAAACUGAACAUGGCAAGGCUCCUCUUCAUGCAAGUAUCACUGUUGCUGAUUCUGAACAAAGUGAUAAUCCUUUGCCAUUGUCGCAGCCUGCAGAGAAACCAUUGGCUGCCAGUGGUCAAUGUUUAAGGCACACUAACUCAGCUGAUGCAUCUGGGAGGCAAGAACCACAGUCUAAGAGUGAACAUACUGAACCUGACCUGGAUGAGACUGAUGUAAAAGUUUGUGAUAUUUGUGGUGAUGCUGGUCGUGAAGAACAGCUUGCUGUUUGUAGCAGAUGCAAUGAUGGUGCGGAGCAUAUUUACUGCAUGACAAUAAUGCUGGAAAAGGUUCCAGAAGGGGAAUGGCUUUGUGAAGAAUGUAAGUCUAAGGAGAAUGAAAGCCAAAAAUCUGAUAAUUCUGAAAGCUCCUUACCAGCUUCAAAGGUGUCAGGUACCAGUGAGAAGAAUAAAUUUCCCAAGAGCAUCUCCAUUCCAGAGUCUCCAUCUAAAUUGGAACCCAGAUUAUCGGAUGUAGAGGCAAGGAAAGCAACUGAGCUUCUCACACCACCUCUAAUUUCUGCCAAGAGGCACAUGGAUAGUUCAGAAGUCAGCAUUCCCACCAAAAAACAAGCUAUUGAGGCAGUAACAAGUGGAUCAUCACAUUCAUCCGGCCUCAAUAGGAAAACAUUGUUUUUGAGAGAGGGUUCCUUUAAGAACUUAGACACGAAAAAGGUCAAGCCUGCCCAUCAAGUACCCUUAGCUGGUGGAAAGUCUUCAAACAAUUCUGAAGAGGUUUGCUUGUCCACUACAUCCAGCUCUAAUUCAAGGAUGCAAUCUAGGUUGCAUUCACCUCGUGGUAAGUUUGUAUCACAUGACAAAGGCUUUCAGUUCAGUAACAGUGGAAAGGUGUUGCCAUAUGGAUCUUCUGAUUCGGUUUCCAAGGCUGCUCUGUCAUCCAAGGGUACAGAAGGUUUAUCAAAAGUAUUUAGUUCACAGGGCAUGAAGCCAAAGCCAAAGCCAAAAAUUAAACAAAUUCUUGAAGAAGCUCCAAAGAAGCAGUCUGCUUCUGGUGAUGGUAGGAAAGAAGGAUUAAUCAGAACAGUGAGUAAAUCCGCAUCAUUUAAAUCUACAACCGGCAUAAGCAACUUGAAUGUCGAUAAUCUGAAAUCAGAAUCUCAGAAUCUAUUAUCUCCUAGAGACUUGAAAAGCUUGAAGCAAUUCAAGGAAGGCUCCAAUCUAAUUGGAAGGCAGAAUUCUCUUAAAUUAGAUCCUUCCAUGAAUGGUUCCAUACCAGCAGUCAGUAUUGGCAGUUCUGUUCUGAGGUCUGGCAUAAUGGUUCCUGAAGCUGAUGCCAAAACAAGAUUGUCCACCGAUGUGUCACUAGCACCCAGGAAGGACAUAGAGAAGAACCCACCCUCUGAAACUAGUAGCAGGAAGCUGGCAUCAUCACAUCAUGGCGAAAAUGUGGCACCUUCAAGCAAUCAAUCUGAUAAAAAGGUUGUCCUAGUUGAGGAGAAACCGAAGUUGAAUGAUGGGGCUUUUGAUACAUCAUUGCGGGGACUGAAAAAUACAAUUAAUUCCGCUGGAAAUAGUGAUGGGAGGAAGCUGUCAGCUGGUUAUGAAACUGCUAUUGGGUGCAUCCAACGACAGAUCCAGACACCUUCAUCUUUGGAUGGUACCUCAAGUAUGUCCAGUCCUGUUGAACAGAAAGUAAUAGAACAGAAUCUUCAUCAAGCAUGUCUAGUGGAUGAUGGUCCUGUUAGUUCAAUUAUGCCUGACAAAUCAUGCUCAAUUCCUCUUCAUCCACUGCACCCUAGAGACUCCAGCAACCUAGAAGCACGAUUCAAGGAACCUUCCUCUUUUGGUCGUUCCAGGAAUUUUUCAACUCAGACUCGAAAAAUCCGAUGCUUCAAGUGUAGCGAACUUGGCCAUAUUGCACAAUUCUGCCCAAACAAGGGUAUUGAUGCUGGUGUUGGUACUCACACACCUAAUAUAAGAGAUUCUAGAGAACUGGCAGGCAAAAGCAAGUGGAAUCAUACUGUAGAGAAUGUUUUGCCCCAUAAAACUGGCAACCAUGAGAAUGGUAGACUGAGUAUCUGCACAGAUGAUGUAUCCCUGCCUCCAAAUGCUGAGAAUGAUGAACUGGCUCCUAGAAGUUUAACACGGACAACAGGAGUAGCCUCUGAUAUUAGUUUGACUACAAGUUCAGUAAGUGGGAGUUUUUUGUCACUGGGGAAGAUGAUUGAUGUUGAGGGGUUGAUGAAGAGAUCUUCUACUGAUGAUGGGAACAAACCAGAAAUGUUUUUGAGAGAACAGCCUUUUCUGCCUUCUACCAGUCUUACAGCAAGUUCAGCUAUUCCACUCCAUGAUUUUACAUGGCAAGGUAGCUUUGAGGUUCAGAGAAGUGGGAAACUUCCUGAUAUUUGUGAUGGUAUUCAAGCACAUUUGUCCACUUGUGCAUCACCCAAAGUUCUUGAAGUAGCCAAGAAGUUCCCUCCUAAAGUGCAGUUGGAAGAAAUAUCUCGUUCAAGUUCAUGGCCGAUGCAAUUUCAAGCUAAAUGUCCAACAGAGGAAAAUAUUGCUCUCUAUUUUUUUGCUAAAGAUGCUCUGAGUUAUGAAAGGAACUACAAGAAGUUGUUGGGAAAUAUGCUAAGGAAUGAUUUGGCCCUGAAGGCUAAUUUUAAUGGAGUUGAACUUUUGAUAUUCACAUCCAAUCAGCUUCCUGAUAAAUCACAGCGCUGGAACAGGUUACUUUUCCUCUGGGGUGUAUUCCGGGAACAAAAAGUUGGUUGUGCAGAUGCUGUCCCUGGUUCCCUGAGGAAGCCAGUGACAAAUGUGGAAUCUUUGUGUCAGGACCUUUCCUCGACUAUGACUUCUGGAGCUUUAGUGUCAACAUUGCCUCUCCAUGACCAAAUAGACAAGUACUUGCCUUCUUCAGAAGAAGGUUUUGGAGCUGUUAAGGCUACUGCAUCAGAGAGACUGUCGUCAUCACCCCCUCUACAGAGUGGUCACAAGAAUGUUAACAUCCAAAGAAAUAUGCCUCCAGGAUCAUAUGAAUCUAACCGGCCAGUUUCAGAUGCUGUAGUACCACUGGAAGCACAAUGUCCAGAUGCAGCAUUGGACAUCAAUCCUCCAAAAAAUACCUUGCAGACAGACUGCCAAACCACUGCAAAACCAUCAUCUAGGUCUCCCCAGAGCAGUGGGGAAGGGCAUGAUUGUUUGAGAAGCAAUGAUACUUGUCCGGGUGAAGCGUACAUAGACUCUGGGAGCAUGAAAGUGAUGGAGCUACCUAACACCCAACGAAGUGAGAUGCAAAAUUUCCCCAAUUGUGGGAGUAGUUUGCCAAAAGUUUCAAACACAAAACAAGUGUCUUCUGGAUUUCCAAAAGAUGCUAAUCUCACUGUCUGCAAUCAUGACCAGAAGAAGUUGACAGAGGAGAAACAAGGCGAUGGUUACAAAGCCAGUGGCAAAUCUGCAGAAGCAUGUAGCAGCAGCCAGAAAACGAAUCAUCCUCUGUUGAUUGAAUCUGUCGCAGACAAACAAGAGUUGCUUCCCAUUAAGGGAGAAACUCAUUCCUUGAAUUUGAGGCCCCAGUGCAAGCGUCAACAUUCCCUCUCUUCACAAAAAUCAUUUCUGGUUAAUGAAACAAAGGUUGUAGCAAAUGAAGAGCAGGACUACAAAAGAUUGAAGACAGACAGUGGGCUGAACGUCGGUGAUCAUAGCACCUGUGCUCCUUCAGUGAUUUAUGAUCUUAAUUCAAGCUUUUCAGAUUGUGAAGAUACAAAAUUAGAUUGUUCUUUUGAUGAUAGACAGACUCUUAAGUUGUCUAGAACUGCUGAAAGAAGCUUUUUUUCAGUGGAUUUUGGGCAUGCUCGAGACUGUAAAGCAAGCAGCUCGAGUGCCUCUCCAGGAUUUUCGAGUAGUGGUGAUGGCUCAGGACCAGAUAUGCCUGAUCUUGAACUUGCAUUAGGUGCUGGGAGAAAAAAACCAAAGAAAGGAUUGCUGCCGUUGUUUUGUCAUGUAUUUGACAAAAGCAGUGAGAACAACGCAGGAGCAAGAAAAGACAAUGUCAGUGAUGCUAGUGAUGAUGAUGCUGCGUCCUGCCUCUCGCUAUCACUUGCUUUCCCUGUGCCUGUAAAGGAGAGAACCCAAAAACCAGGCUCGACAUUGGAAAAACUUCUGCCAGAGAGACAUCAUGUUAACACCUCGUUGCUGCUCUUUGGUGGCUGCAGAGAUUCAUGAUUUUCUUUCAAAUCCAUGCAUCUGGUCCUGUAAAUUCUUACUGGUGUGGAUAUGCUUUGGGCACAGUUGGAGGCUCGCAGACACCUAGUAGGUUUUCUUUGUUCAUGUCCACAGGAAAUAUACCCAACCUCCUUUUCUUUUCCUUUUUCUCUUUCUGUUUCUUUACCUUCUCAGUCUCAAGGACUGCAGAGUCGCGGCUUGUGUAGAUAAGAGAAAAGAGCAAGCGAGGCAUUCAGGAAAUGGCAUCUGUGAGUCCUGAACACCUCGCUUCUAUGUUUUACAUAAUUCUCACCAGUGUAAAGAGGUAUUAUCUUGUCUGCUAGUUAACAGGAUUAUGUCUAUGAAGAUGUUUACUGCCCUCUUCCAUGUGUUA